AUUCCUUAAGCAAUUAAGCUUCAGAAACCCUCUAUUUUCUUUUCUCGUACAGUUUAAUCAACAAAAUCACCAUGGUCAGACAUCUUCCUGUGGUUCUCGCCAAGCAUAUUCUUCAAAGAUCGACAGUAUCUGCCAAUAAAGCAUUCUCAAGAUCUUCAAAUGUUCCCAAAGGUUUUCUAGCAGUUUACAUUGGGGAGACGGAGAAGAAGCGAUUUUUAGUUCCUGUAACCUAUCUCAAUGAGCCUGCAUUUCAAGAUUUGCUGGGCAAAGCAGAAGAGCAGUUUGGUUUUCAUCAUCCAAUGGGCGGUUUAACGAUUCCCUGCAAAGAAGACGAGUUUAUUAAUGUUACUUCUAGCUUGAGUAGAUCAUAACAGAAUGCAAACUAAUGUAACAGAAAAACAAUUUUGUUUUGGCACAAAGUGCCAAGUCAAUGUAAAUACUAAUGACUUUCGUUUUA